AUGUCAAGUGCUAGAGUGAAGAGAAAUACGGGAGCCUGUGAUGUGGAUGAAUGUGCCCAGGGGCUGGAUAACUGCCACGCCAAUGCCCUGUGCCAGAACACACCCACCUCCUACAAGUGCUCCUGCAAGCCUGGCUUCCAGGGGGAGGGCAGGCAGUGCCAGGACAUCGAUGAAUGUGAAAAUGAACUCAACGGCGGCUGUGUCCAUGACUGCUGGAAUAUCCCGGGCAACUACCGCUGCACCUGUUUCGAUGGCUUCACGUUGGCUCAUGAUGGUCACAACUGCCUUGAUGUGGACGAGUGCCGGGAGAACAACGGCGGCUGCCAGCACACCUGUGUCAACGUCCUGGGGAGCUACGAGUGCCACUGCAAGGAGGGGUUUUUCCUGAGCGACAAUCAGCACACGUGCAUUCACCGCUCAGAAGAGGGUCUGAGCUGCAUGAACAAGGACCACGGCUGCAGCCACAUUUGCAAAGAAGCCCCACGGGGCAGUGUUGCCUGCGAGUGCAGGCCUGGUUUUGAGCUGGCCAAGAACCAGAGAGACUGCAUCUUGACCUGCCAUCAUGGGAACGGUGGGUGCCAGCACUCCUGUGAGGACACUGCCACCGGCCCGGAGUGUAGCUGCCAUCCACAGUACCAGAUGCACCCGGACGGGCGGAGCUGCCUGGUGCCCGAGGACACUGCCCUGGAGCUGACGGACAGCAACGCCACCUCCGCGGCGGAUGGGGACAAACGGGUGAAACGAAGGCUGCUCAUGGAAACGUGUGCCGUCAACAACGGAGGCUGCGACCGCACCUGCAAGGACACUUCGACAGGUGUUCACUGCAGUUGUCCCGUUGGAUUCACGCUGCAGUUGGAUGGGAAGACCUGUAAAGAUAUCGACGAGUGCCAGACCCACCGCGGGGGCUGCGCCCAUUUCUGCAAGAACACCGUGGGCAGCUUCGACUGCAGCUGCAAAAAAGGAUUUAAAUUACUAACAGAUGAGAAGUCUUGCCAAGAUGUGGACGAGUGCUCUCUGGAUAGGACCUGUGACCACAACUGUAUCAACCACCCUGGCACAUUUGCAUGUGCUUGCAACAAGGGGUACACGCUCUAUGGCUUUACCCACUGUGGAGACACGAAUGAGUGCAGCGUCAACAACGGAGGCUGUCAGCAGGUCUGUGUGAACACAGUGGGCAGCUACGAAUGCCAGUGCCACCCUGGGCACAAGCUCCACUGGAAUAAAAAGGACUGUGUGGAAGUGAAGGGGCUCCUGCCCAAUAGGACACCCCAUGUGUCCCUGCAGUGCAGUAAGAGUGGUGGAGGAGACAGGUGCUUCCUAAGAUGUCACUCUGGCAUUCACCUCUCUUCAGGACCGCAAGAGGCCUACUCUGUCACCUGUGGCGCUUCCUCUCCUCUCAGGAACAAACAGCAAAAAGCAAAUGACUCUGCUUUUGGGGAUGUCGCCACCGUCAGGACAAGUGUAACCUUUAAGCUAAAUGAAGGCAAGUGUAGUUUGAAAGAGGCCGAGCGGUUUCCCGAGGGUCUGCACCCAGUACUACCAGACAAGCACAGUUCAGUAAGAGAGAGCUUCCGCUACGCAAACCUUGCAUGCAGCUCUGGCAAGCAAGUCCCAGGAGCCCCUGGCCGACGGAGCGCCACUAAGGAAAUGUUUGUCACUGUUGAGUUUGAGCUUGAGGCUAACCCAAAGGAGGUGACAGCAUCCUGUGAUCUGAGCUGUGUCGUAAAGCAAACAGAGAGGCGGCUCCGGAAAGCCAUCCGCACGCUCCGGAAAGCAGCACACAGGGAGCAGCUCCACCUGCAGCUGUCCGGCAGGGACCUGGAGGCGCCUCAAAAGGACCCCCGGACUUCUGAAGGCCAGGCGGAGGCCUGUGGAGUGGGCCAGGGCCACAUGGAGAACCAGUGUGUCCCUUGCAGGGCUGGGACAUAUUAUGAUGGAGCACAAGAGCGCUGCAUGUUAUGUCCAAAUGGAACCUUUCAAAACGAGGAAGGACAAAUGACAUGUGAACCGUGCCCAAGGCCAGACAGCCCUGGAGCCCUGAAGACCCCGGAAGCGUGGAAUGUGUCGGAAUGUGGAGGUCUGUGCCAGCCUGGCGAACGCUCCACAGAUGGCUUUGCUCCCUGCCAGCUCUGUCCCCUGGGCACAUUCCAGCCUGAGGCCGGCCGCACUUCCUGCUUCUCCUGCGGAGGCAGCCUCCCCACCAAGCACCUGGGAGCCACUUCUUUCCAGGACUGUGAGACCAGAGUGCAGUGUUCCCCUGGACAUUUCUACAACACCACAACUCACCGCUGUAUCCGCUGCCCAGCCGCCACCUACCAGCCUGAAUUUGGGAAGAACCAUUGUGUUUCCUGCCCAGGAAACACCACAACGGACUUUGACGGCUCCACCAACCUAACCCAGUGUAAAAACAGAAGAUGUGGCGGGGAACUGGGAGAUUUCACCGGAUACAUCGAAUCCCCAAACUACCCGGGCAAUUACCCGGCCAACACCGAGUGUACAUGGACCAUCAACCCACCCCCCAAGCGCCGCAUCUUGAUCGUGGUCCCCGAGAUCUUCCUGCCCAUAGAGGAUGACUGUGGAGACUACCUGGUGAUGCGGAAAACCUCGUCCUCCAAUUCUGUGACAACGUACGAAACCUGCCAGACCUACGAGCGCCCCAUUGCCUUCACGUCCAGGUCAAAGAGGCUGUGGAUUCAGUUCAAGUCCAACGAAGGGAACAGUGCUCGAGGGUUCCAGGUGCCCUACGUGACAUACGAUGAGGACUACCAGGAACUCAUUGAAGACAUUGUUCGAGACGGCAGGCUCUAUGCUUCUGAGAAUCACCAGGAGAUACUUAAGGAUAAGAAACUGAUCAAGGCGCUGUUUGAUGUCCUGGCCCACCCCCAGAACUACUUCAAGUACACAGCGCAGGAGUCCCGCGAGAUGUUUCCGAGGUCUUUCAUCCGACUGCUGCGUUCCAAAGUGUCCAGGUUUCUGAGGCCUUACAAGUGACUCUGCCACGUGCCAUGGGGUACAGCGUCCCCCGUGAGCUUGUGGGCCCUCUGCCUCUGCAGCCAGCACACUGCUGGAUCGCACUGCCUCCAGUAUCGGUGACUCAGUAGAGUUCCAUUUUUAUAGAUAAUACAGCUAUUUUGGUAAAUAGAA